AUGCUCCAACGUUCACUUAGGACGCCGGCCCUCCGCGGCGCCCUCGCCGCAUUCUCUCCUCGCGCCACCUCCACCACCCUCCUACCCAGGAUUUCCGCGUCGCUCAGCCAGACCCGACUACUUUCUCAGGAAGUUCGCACCGCGAUCGACAAGGCCGUCGCGUCGGCGCCCGUCGUCCUUUUCAUGAAGGGAACCCCAGAGACACCCCAGUGCGGAUUCUCGAGAACGUCGAUUCAAAUACUAGGAUUGCAGGGCGUAGAUCCCCGAAAGUUCACGGCAUUCAACGUGCUUGAGGAUGAAGAGCUACGGAGUGGUAUGUUCACGAGCGCCCCCAUCCCUCGCACGACGAGAGACGCCGAGGAAAGAUUGAAGUCCAGGGGCAAUUCGCUGAUCAAUGGGACCCUAGGUAUCAAGGAGUACUCCGACUGGCCGACGAUUCCACAGUUGUACGUCGACAAAGAGUUCGUCGGCGGCUGUGACAUCCUCAUCAACAUGCACAAGGACGGCAGCUUGGCCGACCUACUGGCUGAGAAGAAGGUCAUCAUCGAGGACGACGCGAACCCCGAGACAGACUCCGAAGGUCAACAGGCACAGGCAGCGCGAGAGACCACAGAGCAAAGUACUGGGGCUCGGUCGAAAGAUGCAAAGGGCGAGUCUUCAUGA